UACAGUUAUCAGCAGCUUGAAGGAUAUACUUUAUUUACCCCCGCGGAAAACGUGCAAGAUCAGCACUCCCGCUCAAAUAUAAAUCUCCGCGGCCUUGGAACGCCCCUUCUUUCACCGCCCUCGGCCGCACAACUUCUUCCAGUCUUUCGUUUCUCCUGUCUCUCCGCUGCUUUCUUCCCCAAACACAGUUUGUUUUUUUUUUUUUUGGGGUCAUCCACGCCCUUUCGGUUCAGUCUACGAUGAGCGCAGCGGAGCCGAUCUUCUCGCAAGGAGAGGACUGCAAGCCGGGUUGGACGGAGGCGGACGCUCAGUACAACGAGGCGGACACACACCUCGCGAUCCUGGGCAAGCCGGUGAUGGAGCGCUGGGAGACCCCUUACAUGCACGAGCUCGCCACCGCGGCCGCCUCCAGAGGAGGGCGGGUUCUUGAAAUUGGUUUCGGAAUGGCAAUUGCUGCCACCAAGAUUGAAUCCUUUCCCAUCAAGGAACACUGGAUCAUUGAGUGCAAUGAUGGUGUUUUCCAGAGGUUGCAGAACUGGGCUAAGGAACAGCCACACAAGAUAGUUCCUCUGAAAGGCUUGUGGGAAGCUGUUGUUCCUACACUGCCUGAUGGACACUUUGAUGGUAUUCUGUAUGACACGUAUCCAUUGUCUGAAGAAACCUGGCACACUCACCAGUUUGAUUUCAUCAAGUCACAUGCACACAGGCUGCUGAAACCGGGUGGUGUCCUCACCUACUGCAACUUAACAUCUUGGGGUGAACUGCUGAAGACUAAGUAUGAUAACAUUGAAAAAAUGUUCCAGGAAACUCAAGUGCCUCACCUAAUUCAGGCUGGCUUCAAGAAAGAGAAAAUUACCACUACACUGUUGGAUAUCAUUCCUCCGGAGGAGUGUAAAUACUAUGCUUUCUGUAAGAUGAUAACACCUACCAUUGUAAAAGACUGAAGCUAGCAAUGCCUGCUUCAGUUUUCUGCCACCACUUUAACCUUUUUCCUUAUGUUUCCUACCGUUCUGUAUGUUUGUGUCCUUUGUGACAAACUGUAUUUUUCUCCUUUAGAUAUAUACUACAAACUCAGGGGUGACAUUUGUUAGAUCCAUCACAUAAAUCAAUUCUUCUCUCCUUUGGUGUAUCUGAAUAAAUGCCAAAUUUAGAGGUCA